AUGGCUUCUCAACAAACACCGCUCCCUUCACUGGAACCAUCAGCACUGACAAAACUCAUCGAGUCCGCCUCCGCCUCCGGGAACCCCCUCGCCGCGACCACAAUCCAGAUCCUCCAUAAUCUCCAGCACCAACAUCUCUGGACAUUCCUCCAAAUCCACGACAUUUCAACGACUUCAAAUGCCACAGACCCAAACACCCCAGACUCAAUUGCAUUUAAUGACCCGCAAACCUUGAUCUCCGGUAUUCCACCGCACCGCGUAUACACGCACCCAGAUGAGCAGCUAUAUAUGCUGGACAAGGGCAUCGCGGAGGAUGAUCUUCGACCGGAAAGACUAUUCGUGAUUCCCACGGCCCAGGGCCAAAAGUGGAGUCUGCGUCGCAUGGCUGCAGCUUUUGAUUCCCUGGCUGCUCUCGAAGUUUCUGAGAACGAGGAAGCGGUGUCGAGCAAUGAGUCUGUGGAUCCUGAAAAGGCAAAGAAGCUCGAUGAAUACUACGAGCGAAAGGAAAGGGCUCGGGAAACGAAAGAAUGGGGCACCAGGCGAGCCCUUCUCGCAAUGACGAAUAGGGGGAUGGGUGGAGAGGGCACGGUCGUCUACUACGUCGUCCAGGAAGGUGACGUCAAGCCGCGGCAGAACUGA